UCUGAAUUUGGCUUAAAGUCAAGUAGAGCAAAGGCUGUACGAGGCAGAGCAAGGCCGGAGGGAGAAGACAGAAGACGUAUACUGAGUCUUUGUGCUCCCCUCUUACUGCUGGUCACCCAUCGAUUCCUGGCUGCAUUCCACGUCUGGUCACAGCCAUGACCUCUCAGAGAGACCUCGACACCGUGAAUCUACGGCUGAUCCUUGUGAGUGGGAAGACGCAGGAUUUCACUUUCUCUCCAAAUGACUCCGCCACAGACAUUGCCCGGCAUGUUUUCGAGAACUGGCCGGCAGGCUGGGAGGAGGAGAGCGUGAGCAGCCCCAGCAUCCUGAGGCUGAUCUUCCAGGGCCGCUUCCUGCAUGGCAAUGUCACACUAGGAGCUCUGAAGUUGCCCCCUGGCCGAACAACUGUCAUGCACUUGGUUGCCAGAGAGACGCUGCCAGAGCCGAACUCCCAUGGCCAGAGGAACAGGGAGAAGACAACAGAGAGCAGCUGCUGUCUACUGCUGUAAAACCCAGAAAAACCUUCCCCCACCUCCUCCUCGUCCUUCUGCUCCCCGCUCCCGUCUCAGCUCACCAACCCGUGGUGCAUUCUGGAUGAUUACAGAAGAGCUCCAGGGAGAGUGCGACUAGGUUUUCAUUCAGUGUUUUUGCUCUGUAUAGUAUCUGGAGACUGUUGUGCCAAGUUUGUCAAAUCUCAUAUGUUUGCCUUCUUUCGGUUUUUCUCGUUUCGUUUUGGUUGCCAAAAUUACUUGCUUAGUGAAGUGACCAUUUGUUUCCAGGCAUCCUGCAAAUAUGAAAUACCUGAAUCAUUGAAAGGAAAUUGUGAACAGUUGUGUGAACAGGUUUUUAGGGGGAUGUCCUGUACUUGAGAGACCUUCUGCUCUCCUAACACCCAAGUGUCAGAGUUUUCACUUGGAUCACACGUCUGACUCAGACGAAGCUUAAUAUGCGCCAUAAUCUCAGACUUUCGAUUGCACUUAACACGGAUCCUUAUCUGAAGUCACUAUGUGUGUGUUUUAGUCUUAAUCCUCCCGCCUGCCUCAAACAGAAGGAUCUCACGGGCAGAAAGAGAGGUUUGAUGACCAGCGCUGGUGGAUUUGAUGUGCCAUGGCCACCUAUGAUUCUUGCCUUCCAUCCUAGGACCAGUCGAGAGUAGAUCUCACAGUCGCCAGACUCUUCUUACUGACCAGUUGCGUCAACAUCUGUGCAUGACCCUAGUCUAGUGUUUCCUCGCUUUUACCAGCCGCCUUUAAAAACCAUUCACCCCGUGUCUACUUGAAUAGCGUUUUUUAUUUUCCUCGAAGCAUGAGGGAAGGUUGGCGGUUUUGUGCUUGAUGUGAAGUUACACAAACUCUUCUUCUUGCCCAGUCAGGAUAUAUCAUCUGUAUACUAUUCCAUUCUUGUCUAACGUGUGUCCUGAGGGACAAAGGCCAGGUGCAAAGAAUAAGGAAAUCAUCAGAAAGCCUCUGUCUGGAGUGAAGGGCUGGGCUGGUAAAAGCCCCCAUUAUAAGUGCUAUAUGGAUUCAUGGACCCCCUGCUGCGCUGCAGCUUUAGAGUUAAAGAUGUGCGCCGGGAAUGGCCAGCCCUAAUGGCCUCCAACUGGGCUGAAAGAAAGAAAAAACUAAGUGUUUUAUUUCCUAAUGUUUGUAUGCCGUCUGUUUUGUUUGCCUUAUGAUUGUGGGAAAUUAAUAUUAUUAAUAAUGGAGUCAUUUUUAUCUUGUCCGAGUGCGGUUGAGUUUUUAUUAGUACACAUAAGAUGGCUGACUCAUGUUAAUUGUGCGUGUGAGUGGAUGAGGCUUUUUUUUUUUUUGAAAGAUAGUACAGUUGUGGAACGUGUCCACAGAAACUGUCUCCAAUCUUGUUUUGAUUGGCCAAUUACUGCAAGAGUGUUUAUUAUUGUCACUGCUAUGAAAUUAGCUACAAAUUAUUAAAUGUAAAAAAAAAUCCUUAAAUCUUGUAUUAUAAAUUAAUAAAACCUUUCAAAUAAUA